UGUAGGUCGGGAGGGGGGACUUGACAUUGCACAGAAGCGGCUUUAAACGUGGCGAUGACGCACAUUAAAGAAAUAACACAAUAUCUACCGGCGAUCUGAGCCACCAGUGCAGCUCCGGGACUCGGCCGGGGGGGGUCUCAUAAAGCGCCCACCGCUAGCCAUUGAAAAAUAGCGGCCAGGGUGCAGCAGCACCGGGUCCCGCUGCGGUGAAGUCUCAAAAUAUGGGCUGUACCCCGGAACGGGUAUCCAUCUGCCGUGCGCCCUCCGCCCGCAGCUGACGCGCCUUGAAACCCCGAUGUAACUUUUUUUCGCGGCGGCUCCAUUUAACUCCAUAUAUGUGUCUGCGGGCGGACGCUGCGCAGCGGUGACCGUAAGGAGACCCAACGGCAGCUUCCUGACUCGGGCCGGAUUUCCGAUUUGCUUUUUUCACACACCAAACCGGCGAGAAAUACAUGAGCAAAAUCCAAAAAUGGGAACCCAGGACACUGGAAGGAAGAGGAUGCCCAACCGGGAGAGACUGACGGCCGAGGACGACGCGUUGAAUCUUAUAGCCCGGGAGCUAGUGCACAAUAAGCCAAAGUCAUUGAUUAUUAUCUCUUUCUCAUUCUUUUUUUCUUUCUGUCUUUUAAAUCUGUGGCUUCAUCCUCCUACUUACUGCUGUCAGAAAUUUCACGGGCUGGAAAGUAAAUGGAGUGACAUCGAGCAGUGGAUGGAGGAGAGUGAGAGGUAUUCCUACCACUCAAGGAGAUGCACUUCGAUAUCAGAUGAUGAGGAGCGCAUGUCAGUAGGGAGUCGUGGGAGUCUCAGGGUGGAGGACAGGGACAAAGACCACCUGGAGAAGGGUUCCCGGGCCACCUCCACCCUCGCCUCUCUGAGCCGGGCCUCCUCCAGGAGAGGAAGUGGUGACGCUUCAAAUUGGGCAGAUCCUGAAACGUCUGUGCGAGAAAUGAAGGACUCUAUGCUGGAGGUAGAGCAGAAGUAUCGCAAGGCCAUGGUGUUCAAUGCCCAGCUGGACAAUGAAAAGUCUAAGCUGAUGUACCAGGUGGAUGUGCUGAAGGACUCGCUGAUGGAGCUGGAGGAGCAGCUGUCGGAAUCGCGCCGCGAGCAUGAGGAGAAGUCAAAGGCAUUAGAGCGGGAGAGACACGCCCACAACAUCCUGCAGUUCCAGUUCAGUGAGCUGAAGGAGAUGCUCAAGCAGAGCGAGGAGCUGCUCACUGAGAACCGUAAGUUGAGUCUCAAGCAGGAUGGCUAUGUUAGGGAGAUUGCGGACCUACAGGAGACUCUGGAGUGGAAAGAUAAAAAGAUUGGGGCCUUAGAGAGGCAGAAGGAGUAUUCUGAUGCUAUCCAAAACGAGCGCGAUGACCUCAGGAAUGAGGUCCUUCAGCUGAGAGAUACUUUGAAGAAACAUGGCAUAGUUCUUGGGCCUGAUCUUAACGCCAAUGGAGAGACGGAAGGUGUGAUUGACAGACUUACCAACGCAGACUCUGCCACACGAUCAGCCCAAGACCCUCAAACGAGUCAGAUUGGGGGCGACAGCAUGCUAGGCAAAGCCGCGGAGGGGCAGAUGGAAGGUAAAGAGUUACAGGAAGGGGGCAGUAGAGAGCUGGUGGAGAAGGCUGAGAACCACAUAGAUGAACAGCAGAGGCAACAGGAGGAGGUGGAGUCACUGGAAUGCAGUGCCGCUGAAAGUGCACAGCAGAACCAGGGUGAAAGAGAGCCGUCUUCACCUAUUUCCUGCAGCCAGGCCAGUGUGCCUCCUACAGGGAAUCCCGAGAGAGAACAAUCCGAUUCCCUCAUGGGGUCUGGGCUUGGGAUGCAUUACAGUCAGCACAAUUCAGAGGCUAACUUUGUAGCUCAAGACAAUUAUGAAUUGAUGGUGCUUAAUGGCACAGAGGGUUCUAUUACAAAGGAAGAAGAGGGUGGAGACAAUGGGGUGGGGAACGCAGAUCUGGUCGACGGGAGGAUGUUGAGUACCGAAGGACAAACGGCAAGUCUGGAGGGUGGAACGGAAAUAGAAAAUAGCUCAGACAGCAUAGCCGAUGGGAACCGCCAGGAAACCAUGGCACCAGUGGAUCAAGGAGAAUGCGAGUCCAGUGAUAAGACUGGAGAUAUGGAAUCUGAGAAUGAGAAUGUCAGAAAUGUUAUGCAAGAAGAUAAAUCUAACCAAACCAGUGACGGCACCAGAGACAUGGAUGAGGAGGCUGGUGCAGCUUCUCCUGUAUGUGCUGAACCACAGACCCCUCCUGCAGAAAGCACAGACAAGGACCAGAAAGAAGAAUGUCCGAAGGAGUCAACUUUGAUUGAAGGGGGUGAUGAGACAGCUGAAAGUGUGUCUAGUAACCUGAAGCAUGAAACUGCUGAUGUGGUUUUGGAACCAAAGGAAAAACCGAAGAAGGGAAAAGGUGUGAAGACCACCCAGCAACAGGCAAAGAAGAAGGGGGCGACCGAGAGAGCUUCAGUUCAAGCCGUUACUACGUCUUCACAGCCAGAGAAUACUGGUGCUUCUGGUAAGAAGAAGAAAAAGAAAAAGAAAGGCAAACAGAAACAAAAACUCACUGAAAAUCCAGAGGAAGCUAAGCAGGUAGAUGAGGAGGAGCAGGAGAAGACAGCAAAUGAUUGCAUGGGGACUCCUUUGGUCAAAGAGAUGGAGACCGAUCUAUCGACAGUAGAUCCUUCAGCUGCGGAAUGUCAGACUGAAACUGUGGAGGAAACUGAAAUCAAAACAUUAAAUCAGGCACUGCAGGAUGAUGAGAGGGUGGACAAGGAGGAAAAAACAGAGCAGGAAGGAGGAAAUGACAGUGAAGUGUUGGAGGGCAAGAACGUUGAAGAAACAGAUAUCCUUGCAGGUGGCAUAGGCAUCAAGCAUGAAGUGGAUGUGCCAUCAGAAAGCUCUUCCCUCCUGGAGGAAGAGACAAGCAAAGCCUUAGCUGAUGGGAUCAAGCAUGCUAAUGUAGGAAACACAUUCAGCCUUGAGGCCUUUACUGAGGAACCUGUUGGCUCUGAUUUUCCUAAGGAGGUACAAAUCCCACAAGAAGACCCGAAUAGAAGUGAUUGUGAUCUGAAUAAGGCUGAGGGAAAUGUCCAGGAGAUUCAGGGUGCUCAGGAUAACUUAAUAAAAUAUGUCACUGAGAGUGAAGGUGCACUGCUUGAAGCAACAGAGACUGAGGAGAUGGAUAGCUGUGAAGAAGCUGAGGUGCUGGAAAAAGAACAGCUGUCAGGAUAUCACAAAGAAGACCAGGCCUGCAGUGAAGAUGUUGAGUUGCAGGAAAGAGUAGAUGCUCAAAGACAUGUAACUAUAAGUAAGGAGUUUGCUGCUGACGUUCUGGUCAAGGACAACGGGCUUGAGAGCGACGUUGCAGGGCAAACUGAGAAUUUGUUUGAGGAGGAAAAUGACUCCUGUGAGGAGCCACCUGAGUGUAUAAUGGAGGAAGGUGCUGAAUUAACAGAUUCCCAAAACACCGAGUCAACAUCUGUUGAACCAACAGUUCCAAACCAAGUGGAAAUGGUGAAUCCAAGCAUAUCUGAAAAAUACAAUGAGGGCGAAUUAAAGUUAGAAGAGGUGGACUUGCAACCAAAAGAGCUGGACGAUGAUGAAGAAGGAGGAGAGUCAUUCCAGUUUGAUGAUGAUUUAGGUUCGAAUUUGGAAGCAUCUAAUAAUACAAUUAGCAGUAGGCCACAUGAAGACGAUAGUUUGGAAGAAAUAUCCACAAAUGAAGGAAAAGCUGAUGAAGACACAGAAGCGAAGUUAGGAGAAAACCCUGAUUCCAGACCAGAAAAGGAAUCUGGAAACAGUCAGUGCCAGAAUCCCAGUAUAAGAGACUGCCCUGAAGUACAGGAUGAGGGGAAUUCAUCUGCAGAUGUUUUGGGAACAGUGAAGGUGGAGCAGAUGUCUGAUGGGUCACAGUCAGUCCAGAAUUCCGUAGAGGAAGGGGAAGAGGCCGUGGCAUUUGUGACAGGGAGUCAUUCCGCUGAGAAUCAGGAGAGCCAACCAACAGAAGAGCCACCGGAGGGCAGUGAAGAGCAAGUCGACGCAGGCUCAGCAAAAGGCAGUAAGAAGGGCAAGGCCAAGGGCAAAGAAGACUGUCGCAUGGCCUAUCUGCUUUUUGGGAAAGGGAGAGAAAUACGACUGCGAAAGCUGGUGGACGAGAGGGAGAACCUGGUAGAACAGGUGAAGAGGCUAAAGACUCAGCUGGAUCAGAAACAGAAUGGCAGGGACGAGGCGGUGGCCCCUGAUGAUGUGACGUUAGAGAACGGGACCAAUCCACACAUCCUGGACAUCCAAAGAGAUGCCAACAGGCAAAUUAGUGAGCUCAGGUUUAAGCUGGUCAAAUCGGAGCAGGAAGUUGCAGCUUUGGAACAAAAUGUCAUACGUUUGGAAGGUCAGGUGACGCGCUACAAAUCGGCUUCUGAGAAUGCGGAGAAAGUCGAGGAUGACCUGAAGGCGGAGAAACGCAAACUGCAGAGAGAGCUCAGGUCGGCUCUGGACAAAGUGGACGAGCUGGAGGCGAGUAACAGUCUGUUGACCAAGCGGCUGGAGAAGAUGAAAGCGAACAGGAGCCCUAUGUUUGCUCAGCAGUAGGCGGGCGGUCCCUACCACGGCCGCAUCUCCUCCUGUUAGCUCCGCACACAUCAUCCCUGACUGAACACACCGACUGACCUGUGUCUGCUUCUCCGUCUCCCUGGACAAACGCUCUGCUCAAAUACGCUCGCUAGGUCAUGAACGUCCUAGGAGAUGCUGAAUGACAGACUUGUCUCCAGAUG